AUGGAGCAGCAACCAUACCGGGCCACUGCCCAACCUGCGCCGUCCGGCGAGCUCCAAGCGCCGGAGCCGCCGGUGAUGGAUGGUAGUAGCUCCAGCAAGAGAAAAGCUGAAGCGCAGCGAGAGGGAGAGAGCAGCGCCAAGAGGCUCAAUGUCACCGUUGGGUUGGAGACCCUUGACUGCACCAUGUGCUGUGAGCCCCUCAGGCCAACGAUAUUCUCGUGUUCUGUUGGGCAUUUCAUAUGCUCGUCUUGCCGCGACAAGAUACUGGACAAGAAGUGCCCCACAUGCUCUAUCAAAACUUCCUUCAAGCGCUGUUUUGGGAUGGAACAUGUCAUCCAGUCAGUCACAUUUCCUUGCUCCAAUGCCAAGUAUGGAUGCAGAGAGGGUCACGAAUACUAUCAGAAAGAAGGACAUGAGCAGGUAUGCCCGUAUGCCCCAUGCUUCUGCCCAGCGUCCGACUGCAGCUUCACUGGGCUGACACACGAGCUCCUGGACCAUCUCACCAUCUAUCACAUGUGUCCAAGUCCAAACCUCCCAUAUCAUGGGACGGUGUCUCUCCGCUUAGAACCUGGCAUAAAUGUUCUGGCACCCCGCAACAAGAGCAACAACCAUUUUUUCAUGCUCAACAUGGAGCCAGAGCGUCUUGGAUAUGCUAUCUCAGUCGUCUGCGUCCAACCUAAUGCUACGGAACCCAAGUUCGCAUGUAGUAUGAGUUAUGACUGCUCUGGGACAGGUUAUUGUGGAAGUGCAAGUUGCCAAAUAAAAAGCUCUACACUCUCUGAUGGGCUACCGACGGACUACGACUUAAUUCCUCCCAAGGGAAAGAUUUCUGGUGAUCGAAAAUUUAUGAUGCUCAGAAUAACAAUUCAUCACGCUUCAAGUGGCAGCGGCUCUGGCGGUGGGAGGCAUGUUGGUCGUGGGCUGACCACACGGCUCGGGUGCGGGCGGGCAGCCAUGGUCGCUUGGGCGGCAUGGAUGCGGGUGGUUGGCGGAGUGAGGUUGCGACGGGAGGGGUAG